AUCUUGACUGAACAGGAAAUAUUUGCCAGUGUUGGCGGUGUAUCUUUCAAGAUACCCAAGGUGUUAUUUGGCCAUUCUGAAGGGAAUUAUCCAAAUUAUUUCACGAUGAACUACGACAGAAUGUUGAUGGAUAAUAUCCUCAUUGUUGAGCAACAGAAAAUGUUGAGACCUCCUCCACAAAGACCAGCCAAUGUUGCCAAUAGGUCUCCCAAGCUAUUCAGUGACUUGCUUGAGUUGUUACGUGGAAAUGAAGAAGUAAUCGCCUCAGACAACCACCGCAAGUUACUCAUCCGUGAAUGUAGAUAUUACCGAUUCUUGGAAUUGGAACAAAGAAUUCUCAAACAUAACAUUAUAACAUAUCAAGGAGAACCUGCCAUUGUGAUAAACUUACUCGACUUGACUCGUAAGGGUAUACUUAACAUCUCACCACCUGAUAAAAAAACAGAAACUCCAUUGCUUUAUACUCGUCCAUAUAUUCCUAGGGAACCAUCGCGAUGCUUAAUUGUCCAAAUUGAUGAACCAGAAAAUAGUCAAAUCAAAUUAAUUUUGAACAAACUGACGGGAUUACCUACUGUGAAAAUAACCAAUAAGUUGUGUACUAAAAUCACGCAAACUUUCAAGGACUACCUCGAAAGUGCUAUCACCACUGGGUUGAAUCUGGAUACACCAGCAAUCACGUUUUUUGCCGGGUUCAAAGAUUCAAAAUGCACCGUUAAUGGACAACCAGUUAAGGAUAAUUGGAUUGAAGAGCUAUUAGGUGUGUCCGAAGACAAUCCUACCAAGAAGAGGAAAAAAUCCGACGAUGGCGAAGCUAAAGGUGAUAUUAUUGCUUUUAGAUUGAAAAGAUCGAUGUGGAAGCUUAUGAUGAGAGGCUCAUUUUCUCGAUUACACGCUGUAUCUGUAGAAGCAUUUACUGAUGUUUCAAAUUCAGAAACUAUCGAUUUCUUGUGA